GCUCCAACUGUGAUUGUUUGGUGGCUGCCAUCUUGGAACUCGUAUGUAUAUCUGGAGAUUAUGUCCUCAUUUUAAUUUAAUUUGCAUAAAAAUCUUGCAGCUUCAGUAUAACUACUUGUAUUUAUGUAAUAUUGAGUAUUUAACCUACAUCUUUAAAGCUUGCGUCACUAAAAUGUUAUGUGCGAAAUGUACUGUAUGUACUCUGUAGACGAGCCAGCACAUCGGGUAUCGACAUCGUCGGCAUCAUCAAAUCCACGGGAAUAAUGGGCCAAAAUCAGUCUCAAGGAGGGGGUCCCGGUGGUGGCAGCGGAGGGGACAAGAAAGACGACAAGGACAAGAAGCGCAAGUAUGAGCCGCCAAUCCCGAGCCGCGUGGGAAAGCGGAAGAAGCGCACCAGGGGACCGGAGGCCGCCAGCAAGUUACCUCUGGUGACCCCGCACACCCGGUGCCGGCUGAAGCUGCUGAAGCAGGAGCGCAUCAAGGACUACCUGCUGAUGGAGGAGGAAUUCUUGCGCAACCAGGAGCGGCUCAAGCCCCAGGAGGAGAAGCACGAGGAGGAGCGCUCCAAGGUGGACGACCUGCGAGGCUCGCCCAUGUCUGUGGGCACCCUGGAGGAGAUCAUCGACGACAACCAUGCCAUCGUGUCCACCUCGGUCGGCUCCGAACACUACGUGUCCAUGCUCUCCUUCGUAGACAAGGACCAGCUUGAGCCCGGCUGCUCCGUCCUCCUCAAUCACAAGGUCCAUGCGGUGGUUGGGGUGCUGUCGGAUGACGCAGACCCGAUGGUGGCGGUGAUGAAGCUGGAGAAGGCUCCGCAGGAGACGUACGCGGACAUUGGGGGCCUGGACCAGCAGAUCCAGGAGAUCAAGGAGUCGGUGGAGCUUCCGCUGACCCACCCGGAGUACUACGAGGAGAUGGGCAUCCGUCCCCCCAAGGGGGUCAUCCUCUACGGACCCCCUGGCACGGGCAAGACCCUGCUGGCCAAGGCCGUGGCAAACCAGACCUCUGCCACCUUCCUCAGGGUCGUCGGCUCGGAGCUCAUACAGAAGUACCUGGGUGACGGACCCAAGCUGGUGCGGGAACUGUUCCGCGUGGCGGAAGAACACGCCCCAUCCAUUGUUUUCAUCGACGAGAUUGAUGCUGUGGGAACCAAGCGGUAUGACUCCAACUCGGGGGGCGAGCGCGAGAUCCAGCGCACAAUGCUGGAGCUGCUGAACCAGCUGGACGGCUUCGACUCCCGGGGCGACGUGAAGGUGGUGAUGGCCACCAACCGCAUUGAAACCUUGGACCCGGCCCUGAUCCGACCGGGUCGCAUAGACCGCAAGAUCGAGUUCCCCCUGCCGGACGAGCGCACCCGCAAGCGCAUCUUCCAGAUCCACACAGCCCGGAUGACCCUGGCCGGGGACGUGCAGUGCGACGACCUCGUGGCUGCUAAGGACGAUCUCUCAGGAGCAGACAUCAAGGCCAUCUGCACGGAAGCCGGUCUGAUGGCGCUUCGCGAGCGGCGGAUGAAGGUGACGAGCGAGGACUUCCGCAAGUCCAAGGAAAACGUGCUUUACCGCAAGAAGGAGGGCAGUCCCGAAGGACUCUAUCUCUGACGACCGCCGCCUCGUGUUUCUGCUGCCCUAGACCGCGUUAAGUUGUGUGUACCAUCGAGAGCCUGCGAGUUAAUAAACGGGUUUGCGACUGUA